GGUUGGCGGCGGUUGGGGCGCGAGGGAGCGAGGCCCCACCCGCCAUGGAGGAGCCGCUGCUGGCCGCGCCCAUCAACCCCAACAACUUCCCGGCCAAGCUGUGGCGCCUGGUGAACAGCCCGCGCUUCCGCUCCAUCCGCUGGGACGCGCGCGGCGAGGGGCUCCUCAUCGACCAGCCGCUCUUCGAGGCCGAGCUGCUGGGCGCGGGGCCGGGCGCGGGACCCGGCGGCGACGGGACGGCCGCCUGCGCCGAGCUCUUCAAGACCACCAACUUCACCAGCUUCAUCCGGCAGCUCAACCUCUACGGCUUCCGCAAGGUGGUGCUGGGCCCGCCGGGCGGCUCCCCCCUGGCCCCGCCGGCCUCGGCCUCGGGCUCGCCCGCGGGGCCCCUGCACCACUUCCACAGCCCGCACUUCCGCCGCGACCGCCCCGACCUGCUGGUGCACCUCAAGCGCCUCACCAGCGCCAACAAGGCCAAGCUGGCAGCGGGUCUGGAGGUGACGAGCCGCCCGCCCAACCGCUUCCAGCGCCUGCUCAGCACCUCGCUGCAGGGCGACGCGCUGCUGCCGGCCCCAGCGCCCGGCAAGGCCGACAAGCCCGGGCAGCUGACCAUAGGACAAUUUCAUCGGUCUUUUCGGCGUGACAGUUUAUCACCUUACUCAUAUGUAUCUGCUUCAUCCCACCACCCCAGCACUUUAUCUUUAAAAGGCUUAGAUCGGACUCCAAUCCCUCCCAGAACAUGGCAGAAUUCCCUUGGGAUGCUUCCAGGGCAGGUGGAGACUUCUUCAAAUUUUUCAGAAAAAGGGGUUCCAUUUUCUGUACUACAAAGGUUUCCAACAGAGGUUACAUACACACUGCAACCCAAUGCUACUUCUGUCCAUAUUCAGCAAGGGCCUCAGGCAAUGGUGACUUCUUCUCAGAAAUACAGCAGCUACACACCUUCACCACAGUACUCUCAAGCCUACUAUCCAACAGCUGUAUUACAGUGCUGCUCACCAACUACCCACAUAGAUCCUCUGAGUGGUUGCGCUAGUCCUACGGCUUCUACCUAUACCCACUGCAACUAUUUCCAGACUCCUCCAAUGCAGUCGUCAUAUCCAGUUGAAUUUUUGCCAUCCAACUGGCCAUGCAAUAUGUCUGAUGAAAACAAGAAGACAGAAGUAAACUUAGAGGCUGUCUUUCAGAUUGUAGAUGAGAUGCAUUCUUCUCCCAAAUUGGAGAUGGUGAAGGUGGAACCUGUGGAGAACCAGUGUUCAAUGCCACAGCCUAACAAAGGCCAACGGCUGCUAGCUACUCCUGAAAAUAGCGAUGUACCUUCCUCAAAUCAGGCCAGUGAGCUGGAGCCUCUUACUCCUGUAGGUUCAGAUAUUACGUCAUUUGUGGUGGGAACAGAUCAAGCAAUGGCCUGUUCUCUGCCACAGUCGCCUGAGUUUAUUUACACUAUACAUGCCACUGAGUCUCUAGAGACUGCUGCUACACAAAUGGUGCAGGAACCUGCAGCCACACAGGAAGCGCAUGCAAAACUGAAAGAACAGCUGAGCCAUGCUUCGACUCAGUCUUCAGUGGUGUUUGUUCGUGAGUCACUGCCAUUCAAUCUACAGCAGGUGGAUUCAAGUAUUAAAUGUCAAACCAAUACAUCAGAGACGGUUGUCUCUUCAGAACAAAUAGGAUUCCUUAUUUCAGAGGUGGGGCCAGUGAACAAAUCUGCCAAAGACACAGUUUCAUCCAUGCAAGCCAAAUGCAGAGAAAGAAGAAGCAGUUCACAGAAGGGCAAGUCCCCUGAUCUCCAUCUGCUGGUAGAUGUAGCUUGCAAGCAGGAGCACUUUUCAGAGGAAGAAUUAAGAGAGUAAGAAGUGGGUGACAAGUAUGUGAAAAUGUGCCUCAGCUGCCAGCUUGGUUCUCUGUUUCAGUCUCCAGUGGUAGUGCUUAGCACACACUGCACUUUGAAUCUCUUCAACUGUGUUAAAAGAAUCUUUUCCUUUACUCUCAUUGUGAAUUUUUGGGAAAUUAGUUAUUCCAUUGUUUACAUCACUUUAGUUAUGUUUUUUUACCUUGACACACUGUAAAACAUCUAGCGGCCAAAGUCUUCAAAAUAAAGUAAUUAUUUAGCUGCUCAGGCUCAAUGGAAAGUUUGGCUCUGUGUAAACAGGAAGCCUCUGUAAGACAUUCGUACUGGGGAGUAAGUUUUUUUUAGUUCUCUUAUUUGGAAUCUCUGCAGUUUUCAUUGCUGGAAACCAAUCAAAACAGACCUAAUUUGGUGCUCUCCUUAUCUCUGGGAAUCACAUUGCGUGCUUUAAAGGGAAUUGUAUGAGAAACAGAAGCACUGGGAGGUCACAAGAUUCCAGGUCUGAAUGGCUCAGGGAUUCUAGGAGAGCAGCUGUAAGAAAGAUGACCUAAUUUUCUCAGUGAUUCACUAGGAAAUCCUCUUCCUAAUCUCAUGCUCUGUUUCAAUGACAAGCAUGUCCCGCUGGUGAGCAUCCUUCAGCCACUAUAGCCGCUGGAUCUUUUACAAUAAUGGAGCAUUCUUUUGUUUUAAUUAUUUCCUUUUGAUUUUAGUGAUAGCUGUAAUGGUAAGUAAGCUGUUCUUUUAACAUAUUGGCUCAUUUUAAAUAGGUCUUUGCUGGGCAUUUUAAACUUGUUUAAUGUAAUCCUAUUUAUACUGACAGUAGAGCUAAGGUUUUUAAACACCUCUGUAUCUGUAUUAGUGUUAAAGUAUUGGCCAAAGAAUAAAGGAUGCAUGUGCAAUAUUUAUGUUUCCUUAGAAUAUAUAUGAAUAAAGCAGCAAUAAGAAAAUGCAGCUUUAAUUGCCUUGUGCUUAGUCAGUUCUGUCUAAUUGUGAAAACUGCACAAGGGAAAAGAUAAGUUAUUAGAGCUUUUAUUCAUCAAAACCUGAGAUGCACUUUUCUAAUUUUUGUUGUUGCUUAUAACUGUGCUUCAUAUGUCCCAGAUGAAGUUUGGGUGGUAGGAUGAACCAUACCCAAAUCUUGAAACACCUACCAAGGCUUCAGAUAAAACAGCUGAAAACUUGUGUGUUUUUGUGUCUCAUUACAUUAGCAGUUUCAUUAUCAUACUAAACUUUCACAAAGCUUCCAUUUUAAAUAAUUUAUUAUGCACUCAAUGGGUGCAUCUACAUGAGACACUAAAUGUGCAGUAGACUAAUUUUAUGUGCAUUAGCAAAGCAGACAAAAACCAUGCUAAUGCAUAGUAGAAUUAGUCUACUGCUCAUUAACAUCACAAAAAAGCAUGCACCAGCACUACUGCACAAUAAUGUUAAAUACAGCGCGUUAAGUUAGUACCUGUUAUUACAGGUACUAAAAUUAAUUCGCUGUAUUUACGGUGCAUUAAUGAACAUGUAGACGCACCCAUUUAGUUUUCAGAGGUCAGCUGCUUUAAUGUUUUGAGUCAGGUGCCUAUUCCCAAGCCCUGUUGUUAAAUGAGAAUGUAUGGAAACAAUAGGGAAAAAACAAGGACAGUCAAAUAGUUAAAGGGAAAAGAUGUCCAGUGCUACAGCAGGAACACUAUAAUCCAAGUCUGGUUUUGGUGGUCCUUAGUUGACAGGGCUGCGGGACUGAUAUAGAGGGUGCAGUGGGAAAAACCAUUAGCCUUAUUACUCUGUUGAAGCUUCUGAUAUUAAGAAAAUAAUGAUAGGCUUUGAGGAGAAUCAUGUCCAGUCUAGUUUUCCUGACAGGGAAGGUAGAGUGCAAUGAUAGAGAUCAUUGAAAUGUAGCAUUCACGGACUGGACCUCACUCUUAUUAAAUAACUGAAAUACAAACAAACAAAGCUUCCUAUCUUCCCUUCUUCAGUCUUUCAAAGCUCUUUCUGAGAUAUGAGUCAGGCAGCCUUGGUAUGGUUUAAGAUUCUUUUGCUUCAAAGAUUAAUUACAAAAUCUUAGCAUUAGCUUUACAUAUAAUACCAUAUAUAAUAUAUUUUAUUAUAUAGUAUAUAAAAUACCAAUUAAAAAGGCUAUGGAGCUGGAUUGCCUACCAUACCUCCCAUGCACAGUAGUAUGAUCAACCAAAACUCUCUUUAUCCUUAAGGUACUCUCUUGGGCAUAAUGUGAGGCACAUUCAGUGUCUUAAAAAUAAGUCUAGUAUUGCACAAGGCCUUACAAGUCUCAGAUAAUCCUCCAGACCAAACAUCUUGGUAUUGCAGCGCCUUUAGCAAGAAUGUAUUUUAGUCAGUAAAUAAUAAAAUGUAACUACUCCAACAAGGUACUGCUUUUUUGUUUAACUGCUUUCUUGUUAGUAGGAACAGUGUGGAGCUUGGUUUAACACUGAGGUGUAAAAUUAUAGCAGCACAUGCAGUCGGUGGUUCCAGUAACCUAUAACUAAGGUUAUUAAAAUGAAAUGGAUGUUACAUUUAUGUUCUCUGUGUGUAUUUUACACUUUAAAUGGCAUAUGUAUCAUAUUUUGAAAA